AUAACUCUGCAGUGUUGGCACCAUAACGCACUCAGAAAAGAUGAGCUCAUAGGGGCAUGUACGUUUGGUUUCAGUCGAAUUUACUCACUAGUUCGGCACACUUUGUUGAGGCAGUGGAUGCCCAUGACUUUUCCUGAGAAACCUGGUGAUGUGAGAGGAUAUGUUAAUGUUAGCGUUGGAAUAUACGGCCCCGGGGACGAU